UAUUCUUUUUUGGCGUGUGUAGUCAACACGCCGUCGUUUUUUGUUCUUUCUCUCUUCACCUACGCAUAAACUACUCCGUCUUCAUUUGAUUCUUUUCUUCAUCUCAUUUCUCUCUUUAUUAACAAAAUUUCUUCCUCUUAGUUUUCAUAAUACUAUUUUUCUCUUAAGGUGUUAUUUUGAUAAUUUUUGUCUUAGAGGUCAUCUUUCUUCCAAUAAAAUGGAGUUUUUCUCUAGGAAUACAAGCAAUGACUCUUCAGGUUUCCAGCAAGACAUUACUAGGUGCCCAUUUUUGACGAAUAUCAAUGAGCCGACAAAUUUCUCUUUCUCAAGCUCCAGUGGUGUCCCCAUUCCUGUACGUGCAGGAAAAGGUCCUAUCUUCGAGGAUGGUCCUAACUUUGACAUGGCAUUCAGGCUUUUCCAUGGGCAGAACGGUGCUGUCCCGCUUUCUGGGAGACUGUUCCUUACGAAUGAGAAACAAGAUUCUGAACAUGCACCUCGCCAGUUCAACCCUUUGGCGGCAAAGGCUGCUACCAUAAGUCUCUCAGCUUUUGGAUUUGGAGGGCCGUUUGGUUUUGAUUCAUUCUCUGAGAAGUGGAAGAAUCAAAAGAAGAACUCUGAAUCAUCCAAAAGACAGGGAGGAGAUUCAGAACACGAAGCACAAAGCAAUGAGUGGUUGCAAAAUGGAAAUUGUCCUAUAGCGAAGUCAUACCGUGCUGUGAGUACUGUCCUUCCUCUUGUAGCGAAGGCCUUUAAGCCUCCUCCUGGUAUGAAAAUCAAGUGUCCCCCUGCUAUAAUUGCUGCCCGAGCAGCUCUAUCACGGACCACCUUUGCAAAAAACUUGCGACCACAACCUCUGCCUGCAAAAGUAUUAGUCAUCGGUGUCUUGGGCAUGGCAGCAAAUAUCCCUUUAGGCAUAUGGAGAGAACACACUGAAAAGUUUUCGCCAUCAUGGUUUGCAGCUGUACACGCUGCUGUGCCGUUCAUAGCCAUUCUGAGGAAGUCCGUGUUGAUGCCUAAAUCGGCUAUGGCUUUUACCAUUGCAGCGUCUAUUCUUGGACAAGUGAUAGGCUCUAGGGCAGAACGAUAUCGGCUCAAAGCAGUUGCAGCUAGGGAUUUGGUUCUUAUGAAAAACUUUAUCCCCGGACACGAUCAUCAAGUCGUUGAUGGAGCACUUAGAGGUGGACACUGCAGUGAGAUUGUUGCUUCGAACAAGGUUCCUCUGCAUGUCGGUUUCCUUUCACCAGCUAGUGUAGUUAGCUGAUGCUUUAACAUUUUUGAUGUUGUAUUGAUUAACUUUGUGCAGGAUGCCUGCAUAUAUUCUUUGCAUUUGUAGCUAUGUUGCUCGGACUCUUUAAAUAUGUCGUCAGGUGCGUGUCAGAUCCUCCAAAAGUAGUGCAUUUUUGGCGAAUCCGAUGCGCGUGCGACAUUGUUUUUGGAGAGUCCGAGCAAUAUAGACUUGUGAUAGUCCAUUAGGCAAUGUUCAGCAACUGAGAGAAAAGUGUUGAGGAUGAGCAUUAUUCUUGUUUGGUGACAGUAUAAUUAUGAAGUAACGAUGACAUUUGAGUGUGUUUCCUAUGCCAAAAUAAAUGAAAAUGAUUUUAUUCUUA